GAAGUUCUUACAAGUACUUCUAAAUUCGAUAACAUACGAAAAGCUUCUUUUUUUAUUGUUUUAAUGUUUAAACACUCGUAAAUAAAAAGUUCUAAAACAAUUGGUUAUCUUGACAACAAAAUUGAUUUAUAAAACUAUUCUUUCUUAUUAUUCACAUGAAUGUACAACGUUAAGAAACUUAGAAAUAACACAUAUUUACAUACAAGAACAGACAGAAACUUAAGACACUACACAAAUGGAUUUAAAUUGCUUUGAACAGAUAAUCAAUAUGGAGUUGCUAGAACUUUUAAAACAGUAUGGCGUCGGUCGUCGGAAAGUUGAUGACGUGAUGUUCAAUAAAGACAAACCACCUUCACGACUCGGCGUCUAUGACGUAGACGAUGAAGAAUUAUGUCAUUCUGUUAUACAAACAUCUUGCGCUGUUCCCGGAUGCAAGUUUUCUACGGACUCGCUGCUAGACUUCGAGAAUCAUUACAAUGCGACUCACAGAUACUCGUGUAGCCAGUGCAAGAAGGUUUUGCCGUCACCACAUCUGCUAGACCUUCAUAUACAAGAGAAACACGAUUCGUUCUUCGCUGUUAUGGCGCUUAAAAAGCCGUCGUACUGCUGUUAUAUUGAAGAAUGCAAGGAAAAAUUCAUAAAUGCGGAGGAUAGAAUGGACCAUUGUACGAAAGUGCAUAAAUUACCCAAAGAUUUUCGAUAUCACCAAAAGUCGCAGAAAAAAAAUAAAAAAGCAGACAAUGCUAUGGUCAUAGACAACGAACAGACGAGCCAAAAAGAUACAAAGUUUAGGUUUAAUAAUAGCAAGCAAAAAGGUUUUAUAAAAUUUACAGGAAAUAAAUUCACUAAGGAUGUGCAAAAUUCCACAGCUUCUAUAAAUAUGGAUGCAGCUAUGGCAGAUCUGAAGGAGAGUCUACCCUCUUAGUAAAUACUUAUUGUGAAUCUAAUUAAUUUAAUUAAUAAACAUUAUCAUACUAUUAUUUACUUGACAUAAAUAAAUAAUCAGAUUUUUAAUUA